UAAUUUUAAAAAUUCGGAAAAAUUUAUCAAAUAUCGAUUCAUUUAAUCAAAACAUGAACUUCUCACGAAUCUGGUGCGUAAUCCUUGUGAUAGCCGCUGCGUGUACUUGCGGUACACGCACAGAAUGUAGCGAAUCCGCGCAAAUUUCACUUUUGACGAGUGUGCAUGACGAUACAUCGUGCACAAAACUGUCGAUGAAAGGCGUUACACUUUAUGAGGCUGCCAAACUUCUCGCCGAGAUUCACAAUAACAAAACUGACGGAUUUAAAAUCGGAAUUAGUGUUUUUGAUACUUGCGGAAGUAUAACGGGCGUUUUGAAAGCGAUGAUGAAGGCCCUCGUAUGGGCAAAUAUCAACUGUUUGCAUCCACCUUAUUACUUGGGUAUUAUUGGACCGAAUACUAUGAUUAAUACUGAAGCAGUACAUAAAGUGACUUCGAUAUUGAAAGUGCCACAUAUCGUCAAGAAACCAUCGAUUUCUCCAUUUUUGCAUUCUUUGACGGAAGAAACAAAUUCUUAUCUAGUACAGGGAAUCUUGAGAAUGAUAGAAAUCUUAAAGUGGAAGUCCUUCACGUUAGUAGCUAACAUUAAUAAUGAAAACGAUGAUGACAUACAAAAUAUCGCAAAAACAUUAACAAUAAAUGCCAUUGCUAAGAAUUUAUGCGUCAUGGUUCACGAUAAUGAUGAGGAAGAUUAUACAUCCCAUAUUGUACACAUUGGAAAACCGAAAGAGAAAUUUUUCAACGAGUCUAUCAACGCAACUAUACUAAUUAUCAGCGAGGAAAAUUUAAAAGAUUACUUAAAUCGCAUAAAAUCAACUAACACUGUACUAUUCUUGGAAGAUUCUAGAAAUCUAAUUAACGAUCUAGAAUGGAGAGUCAAAAAUUCAGAAUGGAUGCUUAAAAACAGUUCUAGAAAAUACAAUGCCGAGGAUCUGAGACAAGUCAGAUGGUUACAAAAUGCCAUAGAAAUUUACGUGAAGGCUUUAAAAGAGUUAUGCAAAAAUAAAAAAUGUAAGAGUCAAAUAAAGCCUCUGGAUUGGAAUGACGUAGUAUCGAACACGUUAUUGAAAUACAACACGGAAUUGCAAACAGCAUCGAGAUUUCUCGAUCUAUCUGUAAAGACGAGAACAAGUAAUCUAGAGCGUCUAGAUAGUGUCAUCGUUCGCCAAAACAAGGCGAAAGUUUACUGGGGUGAGAACAAAUGGGACGAAAAGGAGAAAAGCAAUGUAGAAGAAAUUGAAGAAAACCAUGAAAAUGACGAUGAAGCCAUACCAUAUACGUUCAGGAGAUUUCUGAAUCAAGAAAAUGAAUCGUUAACAGGAUGUGCCAUGGUAAUCAAGGAAAUCAAAAAGCUACACGAAGAAGAUAGCGAAGCGAUCCUUGUUUCGGGAAUGGAUGAUAACGAGUGGUGGACAAUGGUAUAUACGAUAAGCGGCGUAGGAGUUGCGAUGUUCCUGGUAGGAAUCUUUGCGGUCUACGUUGUCUACGUGAACAUAAACGGACCGAGAUGUCCUAAGGAUAAAGAUUAUUUGGAUAGAAAUACUAGCCUGAGGAGAAUGGGAAACGACAGGACGCUAUCUACAACUAUAACUACCAGCAACCAGCGAGUGUUGCGCACUCCACAAAGGACGAACAGCGAAAGGAGUACCAUAUCCGAGAAAAGCGUUUAAAUUUUGAAAGCGUCAAAACUAAUGAAUCAUAUAAACAGUAGAUUAAGCAAAUAUUCUGAAUAAGAGAUAGAGAUUUUUAAAUAGCUAAAACAACAAUAUGAAGCGAAAAUAAUUAUUAACAUGUAGACUUAUUAUUAUGCGUUGCUUUGUAACAUGUAUCAUAAUGUAUCGCUUUAUCUCGA